CCCGCGGCUGACGUGAAGGUGGAGGUGCUGCAGAAGCCGUUCCUCUGCCACAGGAGAACUAAGUGGGGGGACAUGAUGCUGGUUCACUACGAGGGCUACUUAGAGAGGGAUGGCUCCAUGUUUCACUCUACUCACAAACAUAACAAUGGUCAACCUAUGUGGUUUACACUUGGCAUAAGGGAAGCUAUCAAAGGCUGGGACAAAGGUUUGAAGGACAUGUGUGUGGGAGAGAAGCGGAAGCUAACUAUUCCACCAGCCCUUGCUUAUGGAAAAGAAGGGAAAGGAAAAAUUCCACCUGAGAGCACACUGAUUUUCAACAUUGACCUUCUAGAAAUUAGGAAUGGACCAAGGUCUCAUGAGUCAUUCCAAGAGAUGGAUCUUAACGAUGACUGGAAACUGUCCAAGCAAGAGGUGAAAAUUUACUUGAAGAAAGAAUUUGAAAAGCAUGGAGCAGUGGUAAAUGACACUCAGCAUGAUGCUUUGGUUGAAGACAUAUUUGAUAAAGAAGAUGAAGACAGUGAUGGGUUUAUAUCUGCAAGGGAAUUUACGUACAAGCAUGAUGAGCUGUAGAAAAGAGGUGGCAUAAUUUUUUUGACACAAACAGCAGUGACUUAGACUGUAUGGUUCUCUUGUCUUAAUUCUAUGUUUUGGAGUUGACAGGUGCUAUUGGCAAAGAAACACUUUGUUUAUAUAAAAGAACUUCUGUGCAUUAUGUACAAAUGUUUUUAAAUGAUUUUAAAGUAUGAAAAUGUACCUCUUUUUAUGCAGCAAAGACUUGCACAUCAGUGGUUUUAAACCUUGUAUUAACUUAUUUUUCAGAAAUGAAACAAGCUUUCCAGUUAUCAAACACUGUGGAAAUCAAAAUCCAGUUCAGUGCCUUUCAGUGAUUUGUUUGUGUGUUAAGAUCAAUUUUGGUGACUCCUUUAUGUAUAAUUUC